UUAACAAGUAUAAUUCGCUUUAGAACAGUUUGAAUUAUUCCCAACGUUUAAUUCCUAACGGUCGCAGAACACACGCGGCCGGCAUCAAAAUAACCGCAACCUCACUCCCAGGCUAUACCACGGCCAUAUGGGGGAGGGGGGAGCCCAGCCGUCACACCCCCUUCUGCCGCCUCCAGCGAACUGAAGAAACCUGCUUUAUUUACCUCAUCUAUAAACACUAACUGACCCUCACCCCCUCUCAGCUCUGCAGGAUGGUACAGUCUGGAAACGCAGUUCCAUAGCUUAGAUUGGAACCUACCAUCUCAUCGCAUAGGGUAGUCGCGAUGAGAUGGUAGCUUCCAAUAAAAGAAAAAGAACGCCCAAUUGUAAGUGGUCUUUUAUUUAUUUUCCAGGAAAGAGAAUUUACGCUGUUACCGAACAUCUUCUGCCAGUUGGACAUAGAAGAAAGAUGACAGAAUUACGAGUACUUUAUGCACCCUAUUGUGUGAAGAGAGUGGUACGGUCUACGUGCGCAGUAGGUUACAGUGGACUAUACCAAAUAACGAAAAAGGGGGUAUUUUGUCAGUGAGGAAUGACGAGUGAGAGCGCUAGCGUUCACGCCGCCGUCCUUUUGGUGGAUUCGCUCUCUUUUCCUGUUAUUGACCUGUUCCCCCCUCACAGUUGUGUGCAGUAGAGAAGUCCCGUCCCCCCUCCGGGCUCGGCGCAGGUGGUAGAGUCUGCGGCACAGCGUGAGGCAGCCUUUCCCGUCACCUCCGCUUGUUGUUCCCCGGGGUCCGGAGCGGACACUCGGCCACAGUCGGUGCUCGCUUCCCGGUGUCUCCCAUGGCUCUGUGCGGGGAUGUGGGAGCCUCGUCCCUCCCCAGCGAGCUGGUCGUGCACAUCUUCUCGUUCCUCCCGGCCCCGGACCGGUUGCGGGCCUCGGCUGCCUGCUCGCACUGGCGGGAGUGUCUCUUCUACCCCGCGCUGUGGCCGGAGCUGCGGCUGAGCCUGCGGGUGUCCCUGGCCGAGCGGCCGCGCCUCGAGUUCCUGAUGCGGAAGUGCGGCUGCUUCGUGCGGGAGCUGCGGGUGGAGUUCGCGGCCGAGAAUUAUCUGUCCGGAUCGGCCGAGGCCGGCGGCUCCUCUCCCCCCUCCUGCUCCGCGCAGGACACCGGGGACGGGGACGGACAACCCUCGGGGAGGUGGCUGGAGGUGCUGAGGACCUACCUGGAGCUGGUGCUGUGUGUGCUGAGCAGUAUCCGGGGCAACCGGAAUCUUCAGAAGUUGAGUCUCUUCGGGGACAUCAGUAUUUUGCAGCAGAACGGCUCCAUAACAAGUACUUACCUAAAUAAGGUGGAUCCGGGCGGCAAAAAGAUGCAGCAGAUUCAGCAGUUGUUCGACGAGAUCCUGGCGAACAGCCGGCAGCUGAGGUGGCUUUCCUGCGGAUUUAUGCUGGAGAUCGUGACGCCAACCUCGCUGGCGUCCUUGUCUAAUCCGGUGGCCGGCACCAUAGAGCACCUGAGCUUACUGGACAACCACACCUCGGCCAACACCACCCUGGUGACGGCCAUCGAACUCGAGCGCUUUGUCAACCUUCGCUCUCUGGCCCUGGACUUCUGCGACUUUACGGCAGAAAUGACGCGAGUGUUGGCGAACAAUACCCACGUGCCUUUGCAUCGACUCUCGCUCCUGGUCCAUAACACUUCGCUCAAGAGCCGGACCCUGGACAAGAUGCCGGAGGACGAGGACUGGAUCGCCUUGACGCGGAACAGCGCCAACCUGCGCGUGUAUAUGAUGGCGUUCGACGUGAAGAGCGAUGACAUGUUGAGAAUACUGAAGCCCAGCAUACCGCUGGAGAGGAUUCACUUCGACAGCUACAUCACGUGCGUGUCCGGGGCGGUGGUGGACCUCAUCUCCCGGCAGUACGACACAUUCCUCACACACUUCAUCCUCAUGAACGACGUCAACGACAUGUCCGGGUUCCCCGACCUCAGUGACAAUAGGAACGAAGACCCUCUGGUUCUCUUGGCGUGGAGGUGCAUGAGGCUGUCCCUGCUGGCUAUCCAUGGUUACACCGUCUGGGCCCACAACCUGAUAGCGAUCGCCCGCCUCCGAGGGCCGGACCUGAAGGUCCUGGAGGUGACGGAAGAAAGCAUAGACUUUGACCAAAGCGAGCUGGAAGACCAAGACGUGGACCCAGUGCACAACCUCAUAGAGCAGGUGUCCAUCGGCCUGGCCCGGCCCUGGCGCGCCGUCAUGGACAUCGAAUUGCUCAGCGUCUUCACCGAGCCCACUCGCCACUUUUACCGAGAGAUGCAAAACUUCAGCGAAGGCAUUUGAAGAGGAGAAAAAAAAAAUUUGUUUUUUUUUUUUUAUUUUAAUUUUAAAAUCCAUAACAAUUUUUUUUUUUCCUUCCUCUCCUCCCCCUUUUGUGGUUACAAUAUGCAAAUAGGGUCUUAUCAUGUUUCCUCGGUAGAGUGAGUUAACUCUUUGUGCUGUGUUUAAUCAGUAUUAGCGCUAUAGAUAUAUAUAGGAAAAAAUAAUAAUUUGUACGUGUGUUAUCUACUUAUCAGACUAAAGCAGUGUUUCCCCAAUCGGGGGGCCUCCAGCUGUUGCAAAACUACAACACCCAGCAUGCCCGGACAGCCUUCGGCUGUCCGGGCAAGCUGGGUUGUUGUAGUUUUGCAACCGGGUUGGGAAACACUAAGGGAACGUCGGGUCUUGGUUCAGAAGCUGAAGGUGACGCCGUUCAGGGUCUUUUUUUUUUAUUUUUAUAUUUUUUUGCUUUUUUCACGGUUUUUCAGCGGUUCUCUAGGACACUGGAGCUCGGCAGGUCAUGGGCAGACAGUAGAGAAUUAUUCCCUCUCCUGCGUCGCCAUCUGGCGCGGCUUACGGCGAACGAAAGAGCACUUACUUACGGCGGAAACCUUUUGUGCAGACCGGUGUCUUUAUAUACAAUGAUUCAUUUUUUUUACUUUAAAAUUUUUUUUUAUUUUUUAUUUUUUAUUUUUGGUUUUUUUUUUAGUUAUCCCCCCUCCUUCCAUGUAGAUGGAAUUUGCCUUUUGCAUUUACGGGGUA